AUUACAAGUAGCACACUAUGACAAAGGUUUUGCUUAUUCUAGCUUUUGCGCUUCUGAUUACCUCCUCCAUUGCACAAGGCGGAUUCGGAUUUGGACGCGGAUAUCGGCGCGGAUAUGGUCGCGGAUAUGGGCGCGGAUUUGCAAACAAUCCACUGCUACUAUAUUAACGUACUGGACAUUUACUUGAAUGGUGUAUGUCACUCAGGCUAUAUCGCAGUCAAAGCUUUAUGUGGUGAAGAGUGUCGGAACAGUGAAUUUAUAGCGUCCUGUAUAGUUAUUCCUCUAAUCAUAUGUAUAAUAUGUGGAACGUUUGACAACAUACUCGUU